CGUAAUAUAAACACCUGAUCUGUCCUAAAUAUGUUCAUAGUGCAGGUUCAUGGACAGACGUAUCGACGACUUUUGUUUUAUCGUUUAGUCAAACGCUAAUAUACAUAUAUAAAACUGUUGUCAAUUUGCAGGCUGACGACAAUUAUACUUGGAUGACUAAUUUCAUUAUUUAAUGGUGUGACACCUGUAGUUUAUCAACAUGAAGGAAGAACUCGAGGGUUCGAACGAAAACAUAAAUUUAUCAGAUAUAAUCGAAGCACUACUAAGCUCUUUGGAUGAUAAAAAUGAAGAUGUUAGGCAAUCCGUAAUCCAAGCAGUUGUGAGGAUAAGUGAGAAUAAUCAAGAUGUUGUCAUACAAACAGCUGUAUGUUUUUGGGAACAACAUAGAAAGAAGAUAUCUACAGAACAUAAGGUUUCUUUAUUGAACGUAAUGUCCAAUAUGUGCAAAUAUAUAUCUACAAGUUUAAAUCCAGACUUAGCGUCGUCUGUCGCUGAUUUAGCAGUAAAUGAAUUAAUAGGAGAGACAGAGACUGGAGCAGCUGAAUUGUUGGUUGCCCUUUCUAAAACACAUUGUACUCAAGCUAUGGGUGGACUUUUAAGUAGGUUAGAACCUGGGGUACUUCCUCACCAUGCACUAGUCUUUACAAUAGGAAAGCUUGCGACAGCCAAUCCUCCCGGGAUGUUGUCCUUCAUUAAGUUAACACUAACGAUUAUUUUGCCAAUGUUGAACCAAAUACGUGAAGAAAACCUGAAGCGGGCGAUUUGUUUCACAACCGGCAAACUAUGUGAGGCGAUAAACGACUGUAUAAUGAAUACUUCGGAAAUCAAUAGCUAUACGUAUCAGGAAGAAAUUUAUUCUGUCUUUGACAUUCUGACUUGCAACUGGUUGAAAAUGUCCCGUGAUUUUAAAACAACUGAAGCUGUUUUAACAGCAUUAGUUCCUAUGAUACCUCUAUUACCUCAAGAAGUAGUUAGCGAAAAUAUUGUAAAAUUGAUACCCAUGUGCUUAAAUCUCUGUAAAAAGCAAACUGUACGUUUAGUCGCAGUAAAGGUUUUGGCUGUAGCCUUGAAUAGUGCGACGACUAUUGACGACAAAGAAGCACUCCAUCCAUACAUGGAACAAAUACAUCAAAUUUUAUCUGGAUUCGUCAGUAUAUUUCCUUUUGAAGCGUCACGCGAUGUACUUCUUACGCAUUACGAGGUUUUACAAUGUUCUAGGUCAUUGGUCAUUUUGUACCCCGAAGAAGGUCUCGAGAGAAUUUUACAGCAAGUGAAGUCUUCAAAUGCCAGUCAACGUGCUCGUGCUCUGAUUGUUCUCAGACAUCUCAUAAACACUCUUCCGGCAGAGGACGAUGGAUCAUUGAACAGAAUUGCGCUCACUCUGCAGGAGUCUCUCGGAGAGACUAACGCUCUGCAGAUGGUCGGUGCCAUAGUGGCGCUCGCAGCAAGACCGACUUUCUCUCUUUCAUCGUCGCAGAGAGUUAUAUUCAUUCGCUACAUGGUGACCCAUUGUGAGACCAAGAGCAACGAUACGGAAGCGUACUCCGAUGCUUUGCAUUUGCUUGCAACAACAGUCGAUGGAGCUGAGCUGUGGCUGUGGCCGUGUCUGAUAGAUAUUCUGUUGGACUCGACUUACGUAGCAUCCGCUGCGUCCGUGUUACGUGCGUUAUCCCCGUUAGCCGCGAAGAUAAUAUCAAGCGAGAUUUCCUCGAUGCCAGAGAGGGAUUUCCCGGGUACAAAGGUGGUGGGCAGAUGUCUGGAAUUAUUGGGCGAGCCAGCUAACCGCCUCGCUGCAAUCACCUUUCUCAAAGUGGCGGCGCCCCUGGUAGGCCAUCGAUUGAAACCUUAUUGGGAUAAAAAGCUGUCGGAGCUCUCACAGUUUCUCCAAGAUGAACAACGGUGCAUCCUGAAGAAUUCCGUACAACGAGAUCUGAUCUGGGAGAAGAAGGUGGUGGAGUGGCUGGAAGAGAGCGUGAAGCUGGAGGGGGAUUCGUGGGGCGUCAAACUCGCCGACGAGCUGGCGUUGAAGUCGAGCGCGCCCGGUGUAGCGCCGUUGUUUGCACUGAUGUGCAACAACCAUGCUCACAUUAUUCUGCUGAUCGAACACGCGCGCUCUUACGGCGUUAACAAGGAAUACUCGCGGGCGGUCGGUAUCUGCGCCAAACGACAUCUCAGCACCGUGCUGAAGGUGAUGGACGAGUUCUGCACCGCUGAGGACACCCGGAAGGUCCCCGUGAGGAUAUUAGGCUUCGUGAAGGAUUUCGUGAAGGAUUUCUCGAAAGCCGCCGACUCCACCGAGGCAGCGAAGGCGGGCUUGUUGCAGUCUUACGCGGAAAUCGCGCAAAGAGCGGAUCCGGAGGACUUCUUCCCGACUUACGAGGAGCACGUGUUACCGUGGACCAUCAAGAAUUUGACUGCGUCCAAAGAACUGUUCACGAAGGAAGCGGGACUAGCGGUCUUGGAACAAUUGAGCAAAGCUGUCCACCCCGCUAGAUGGGCCGGAUCUAAGGGCUUACUCAUGAAAGGUACUACUCUGGCUCUUCUAAUGGGAAUGUUGCAAUCAUCAACUGGAUAUAGACCGUUGCAACUUUAUCCGGCGAUACUGAAAGCGGCCAUCUCUAUAAUACGUAUACCUCCGACACUGAGUCACGAGGAGAAUGAGAUAUUCCUCACUGGAAUACUGGACAAGACAAUCGGGUCUACUACAGAGAUCGUUUUACUCCUACAACCAGACAUAUUGCAACAAGUUACGGAUGAACUAGGGAUUUUAUCCAACGAGAUUAUAUCCGAUUCAGCGGACAUGUUAGCCACAUUAAUCGACAUAUUGUUACCGUGGAUGCAGACCAAAUCGAGUAUAGAGAGGAAAACAACUUUGUUAGUGCUGGAUACCGUACUUAGAUCCUACUACAAUUCUAUAAAAUAUACAUACCCGAGCGGCAAGUUCGACGCCGGGAAGCUUGUGGGAAGAACUUUAUCCUGGUUUGCGGUCGCUGAGUCCUCGUUGAGACCUCUGGUAGUGGAUAGCGUGCUUCUCUCUUUGAAUAUUGCGUGCCGUCACCGCUCGAUCAUGUCCGACAGCACGUUGGACGAAGACCUGAAGCGAAUCAAGACAAACAUUACUACCAACGACAAGUCGAUAAUUAACGAAGCCAUGAGGAACCUGGCCAAAGCCGUGUCGGAAAGAAUUCCUAGCAACGAGAUAAUCGGAUUGGCGGAAGGACUGAUAGAGGGCCUGUUGUUCGGCGGAGAGGCGGGCCUGGUAGUCGGCAUAGCUCUUUCGCAACAUUUCAAGAUUAAAGGAUCGGAAAUGUCCAGAAACGACGUCGGAUUGAUCGACAAUAUUAUUACGCAAAUGAGGCACAUGGAAAACGCGAACUGCAGGAACACCGCGGCGGCAGCUAUAGUGUUACUGAUGGCGCAUCACCCGGAAGAAGUGAUCGAGCGUUUGUUACUUCAGCCACUGCCGUUGGAUCGGGCCACCGAAUUAUGCUGGAAAGAAAUCGGUAACAACGAUCUCGGACACCGGGCUCUGGAGUUGCUGCUGAUAAAACUCGAGGCCAACAAUCUGUUUACCGAGUGCACCAUGUCGACGCAUCCUGAGAAGAACAACACCGCGUCCUUCCAAUCCCUGACGGCCGUGAUAGCUCUGAAGCACCUGCUUCAAACGUCGAACACCGAGAACCUGAUCGACAAGCAGUUACCGAAGUUACUGUCGACCCUUCUCAAAUACCUCGCCGGCUGGCUUCAAGUCGACGCUCCCGCGGCGGUGAUGAACACCAAGUACGGCUACGUGCCGAAUCUGGAAGCGAGGAAGAUCAAACCGCACGCGGAGGUGUACUCGGUGUUGACUAACGUACUGGUCAUCGUCAACCCGAACGCCGCGUCGACCUUGAUGAAGGAGAUCGCGUCAUCCUCCACGGCCAAAAUCGAGGAGAACGUGGUGCUGACCGUGCGGAAAUUGAUCGAGUGCAUAUUAACGAGAAACGACGUGCUCUCGACUAUGGCGCAAUCCAUAGGCAAGCUGAUGACCAGCACGAUAGCGAUACAACGGGCUGUCGCCGCCACGUUCUACGCGGAGCUGAUCGGCAAAGUGGAUUGCGGAGUGAUAUGGCUCGACGCCAUAAUCAACACCUUAUACGAGGCGAAGACCGACUCGUCAGCCUUAGUGCGUACUCUCGCUACCACCGGGCUUUCUAGGAUAGCCUACGUAGACCAAAAGCUGAUUGACGUAUAUUUUGAUAACUGCAUGGACGCCUUACUCGACGGACUGGAGGAGCCGGCUAGUGGCGAGGGGGGCAAUGAAGUGGUGCUCGAAUCGUUGCGCGGCCUUUCGGUACUAUUGUCCGUUCAAUCCAAGACACCUAUCAGCCCACGAGUGGUGAUGGCCCUGAAGCCGUUUAUCGAAAAGGAGAACGUGGACAUGAAAUUCGCCGCUAUAAGUGUCUUGGGCGCGAUAGCGACUAAUUGGCAGACAACGGCUGCAUUGGCAGACGACAAUGAUUUGUCCGACCAUCUUCUGUGGUGCUUACCGUGCCUGAUCGUCAGACUGGAAGACGCGAAUAUACUGGUGGCCAAGAUCACACAGGAGACCUUGUAUAAAAUUGCAAAUAUUCUGCAAUGUGAGAAAUCAUCGCGCGCGAUACGUAUCAAUCUGGGGCCGCAAGCGAAAUUUAACUUCGGGACUUUCGCGAAGGACCUGGUAGAUUGCUUGAAGGAGGAACUCCCGCAGAGAGCGGAAGAACUCAGAAAUGCCGUCGUCCGAGGAUACUCCAGAUCGGAGAAUCAUCAAACCAGAGCUACAUCUGCGCUGCUUCUAGCAGAUGUGUCAUGCAUGAAGCCUACAUCCAGCACAACAGUAGUCAUAACGCCACCAGAAUCAGCAACUAAUUUUAGGACCAUGAACAAGGAGAUACAAACAACAUUUAGUCAUAUAUUCAUACCUGAUGUAACACAAAAGGAAAUAUUCAAGACAGUUGCUCUUCCUCUUGUUGAAAAUCUUGUUCAGGGAAGGAACGGUCUUCUAUUCACAUAUGGUGUAACUGGUAGUGGAAAAACAUACACAAUGACUGGAGAACCACAAGAUGGUGGAAUUAUGCCUAGAUGCUUAGACGUUAUUUUUAAUACCAUUGCAAAUUAUCAGACAAAAAAAUUUGUCUUUAAGCCAGAUAAGUUAAAUGGCUUUGAUUUGCAAAGUGAGGCUGAUGCUAUGCUUGAGAGGCAGCAAGAGCUUCAUGCAGGUCUCACACAAAGAUGUGGAAAGUCUGUAAAAUGUCGUAAGGUGGACAGUGAUGGAGAUAGUAAUCCAUUAGUAACUCACGAACGUAAUGAAUCACAAAUUGUGACGAUCGAUCCAGAUAAUGCAUAUUCUGUGUUUGUUACAUACGUUGAAAUCUACAAUAAUAGCGUAUACGACCUGUUGGAUGAAGAUGACAUUAGAUCCAAAGCACUGCAGAGUAAAAUAGUCAGGGAGGAUGGCAACAAAAAUAUGUAUGUACAUGCAGUCACCGAAAUAGAAGUGAAGAGUGCGGAGGAAGCCUUCGAGAUAUUUCAACGUGGACAACGGAAAAGACGGGUGGCACACACAGCAUUAAAUGCAGAAUCAAGCAGAUCUCACAGUGUCUUUACUAUUCGACUUGUACAGGCACCUCUAGAUUGCGAAGGCGAACAUGUAAUGCAGGAUAAGCGAGUCGUGUGCAUAAGUCAAUUAUCUCUAGUUGAUUUAGCAGGUAGUGAGCGAACGAAUCGCACUAAGAACACCGGUCAACGUUUGCGCGAAGCAGGUAAUAUCAAUAACUCUCUAAUGACUCUACGCUCGUGCCUGGAAAUUUUGCGAGAGAAUCAGAGUCAAGGUACAAAUAAGAUGGUACCUUAUCGUGAUUCUAAGCUCACUCACUUGUUUAAAAACUACUUCGACGGCGAGGGACAAGUAAGAAUGAUAGUUUGUGUAAAUCCCAGGGCAGACGACUAUGAUGAGACAAUUCAAGUUAUGAAAUUUGCGGAAAUGACCCAAGAAGUGCAAACUAUAAGACCUACUGCUCCAAAAUUGGAACUUGGUUUUACUCCUGGCAGGAGACAAGCUAAUAAGAUAUUCAAGGAAGCAAGAAGCAAAUUGGAGAAAGAGGGUCGAGCGGAAGCCGCUGAUCUAGAUGUUGACUUAGGUUUAGUGUACAGUUUGGGCGGACCAUUCCCUGAAUUGGAAACCAUUACUCCGGAUAAUGAUCAAGUAAUACCUACUUUGAUACAAUUUCUGGAGCAACGUAUUAAUAAGCGCAAUAUACUUCGUGCAGAUUUAAUGAGAAAACAAAACGAUUUUAGAAAAAUGUUGGUGACGGUAGAGCAAGAGAAUAUAAACUUAAAGGUUGAAGCUGCUUCACUGAAAGCUGCAAAUUCACAACAGAAAAGAAAGAUAGCUGCAUUAGAAGGACAUCUCUGUAAAACGGAAACACAAAUCGACACUCUGCUGUGUAAAUUAAACGGCGCUAAUGAUACGAUACGAAGUUUACAGCAAGAGAUAAAAGAACGCGAUUUGGCAUUGAAUCAACGUUUGAUGGAGAAGCAAAGAGUAAAACAAAAAUAUAACACUAAAAUGCAAGCUGAAACGGAUAAAAUGAACAAAGAAUUGGAAAUAAAACUGCGUCAACAGCGUGAACGCCUUCAAAGUCAAAUGAAGGAAAAGGAAGAUAAAUUACGAUGGGUGAAGCAAAUUUUAGCGGACGACAAUGAUAUUGACCCUGCAUUGUUAAUUCCACAAAAGGAACAAGUCCCAGAAUCAGCGGGGAAAGUCUUCUCAGAUACCGAGACUCGAAAGUCGCGGAAGGACAACAUACCCGUUUCGAAUCCGCGCUACAGACGAUCGCGAAGUGCGGAUAGGUGGGUUGAUCAUCGACCUGGAGCACUCGUACCACUCGGCACCGUGUUGCAGCCAUUGAUGAAGAGAAGACGAAGCGUAACGCGACUUACUUCUCCGAAAGAAAUUGACGAUGCAUCCAAAUAUUGUCUUGUCGCGCAAGAACAAGAUACAGACGGGGAACUUGAAACCAAAUUAUACAAGGGUGACAUAUUGCCAACAAGUGGUGGCGGAGCACAAGUGGUAUUUAACGAUAUGGAAUGUUUAAAACAAAUAUCGCCAAAGGCAAGGAAACGCAGCGGAUCUCGAGAAGAGGCAAAUCGAGCAGCUGUUCCUACAGAGAUAUACCCGAAAAAACCACGAAUAACAUCUGCAGAAUGAGAUCUGCAACUGUGCACACCAGGAAAUCAAAUAUUUCAUAUGAUUCGUGUCAUUGUAAUUUUUCCAACAGGUUGUAAACAUUCGGCACAAUAGCUUUGACAUUUAUUAUUAGGCCUAGUAAUUAUGAAAUUUUUAUUUUAUACAUUGAAAGCUGUCAAAACUAUUUCGAGAUAGUGCUGCCGCUUUCUUGGAAUACUCACUGGGCUUUAAUAAAUGUUGAUGUUAUUAUUAUGCCGGAUACUGUAUAAAGCACGUAGUACUUAGCAAGAAAAUGCUUUUACCCAUAAUGUUCUGAAGAUUUUCGAUACCGAACAUCCGUAUCGUUUCUAUUAUAAUAAUUUUUGUACUUUUUAUACAUAUAUAUACGCAUGUAGUGUACAUA